CGCACAAUGGUCAAUUGGCCAAAGACAGUAAUUAGGGCUCACUAAACAAGUUUAAACCCCCUAAAAUUAAGGAACUUACCAAAUUAAAUUAAAUUAGAUGCAUCUUCGUAGUUUCUGGAAAACUCGAUUGGAGAUUCCCCUCCAGUCAGCGCCAGGUCAGCGGAUAAGAACGGGCCAUUACCAGACAGGGUAAAAACUGAAAAGGUAAAUAAACCCGCAGCCACCAAAUUGACAAUCGAGAAACUUUCAAACCGAAGAUAUAAAGCUCUGGGCUUUCUGCUGCAAGGAUGGAAUUGGAAGGAAAACGAAGAAGGGUAGCGUAGACUCAGGGCAACCGUUCGUCAAACAGCAAAGGUACUGUUUUCUCAAUCCGAAAUCCGGAAAUCUCUCCCUCUCGAAGCUCCAUUAUGAUUUCCUUUCCUUACCGUAAGCCAAAAUCUUCGAAAUUGCCAUGUUGAUACUCAGAUUUUGAUCCCAUCUUCCCUUGAUCUGCUGUUUCCCUCUUCCAAGGUUUGUCGGGGUUUUUCCGCCGGGUUUUCCCCGCCGGCUUAUUCUUAUCCAAGAUACCUUUUUAAACGUUUUUUGCAGUCAAUUGUGAAUUGGGGUUGGUUUCUAUCCCGCUGACCAGUGAGAUUUAGCUACUGUUCUUCGAAUUGAGACUCUUUUGGGAUGUGGUUUGUUGAUUGGUUUGUGGUUUUUGGAAGUAGGAGGCAAGGAAGGGGAAAGUUUGGAUUUUUUUUUCUUCUUUCCAUUCUGAAAUAGUUAGAACUUGGAAGGAAGGUGGUGGGAAUUGGGAUUAGAGGGUACUUUUAGAUGGAAGUCUCAUUUUGAUCAUUGGAGCUCUCUGGCUCUGUAUGUGAUUGAUUCAAGGGAUGGUGUGGGUUUGUUUUGCUUGUUCUCUGUCAUUCUGUGUUUUAAUUAGCUAGGAAAGCUGGAUCAAAUGGCACUUAGAAGGAUUUGGUCACUGUGGUCUGAGUUAUGUCCAUGCUUGAUCUCUUUUCAGGUAGUUGUGCUCAUCUUCCUCUGUUGUUCACUGGCUAAUCUAGGUCUUGGUUUGUGAACAAUCAAUGCAGGAAAGGAUUAGAGAUUAUAUGGAUAUAGAGGUACCGUUCAAAGAGGUCUCUGAGGAGGUGGUGCGGGAGUCUCUCAUCGCCAUAUCGUAUUCUACACCGGACAAAGCUCCGAACACCUUGUAUGCUGAGACUGAAGCUUUGAGCAGCAGCAGCAGCAACAAAGAUGGAGGUGCAGUGGAUAUGAGCAACAGCGGAGUGGUUGAUAUGUACAUGUCGGAACUGAUCUCUAUUUCCAACUACCAGGCACCGGAAUGUCCAGCAUCUUCUCCCAGAAUGUGGACAUGAGGGAUGGUUGAGAGGCUAUUAUUAAUGUGGUGUGAAACUGUAUCUUGUUUUUUUUCUUUGUUUUGCCUGUCUGUGAAAUGGUUGUAGCUGCUGUACAGCUGCUGGGGAUGAUCAAAGAAUGUGAUGAUCAAUGGCAUUGAGAAAAUUGCAGCAAUCGUUAUUGGUCAUUACCACGGAAAUGUCAAGUGGCAUUGUUGUGUAUUGUUGCUGGGUUUCAUGUAUCUGUGUUUCGCUGUGGUUAGUGGUUAACCACUAACCACAAAAAUCAAUAUUUUGCUACCCACACCCAACCCAUUAUCCACAAAUUGUGGGUAUGAGUAUCUACAAAGUGUGCGAUUUGAUGCGGUUUGCGGAUUACCCGCAAACCAAACUUCCACCCCUAUACAAAUCUACACAAAGCCCAAUACCAACCACUUCACUUGGUUACGCUACAAAGCCCAUCAAGGCCACGUCUCGUUUGAUUGGACCUCUCGCAGCCCAGUAUCUCCAAAUCCACUUGCCCGGAUUAAAUCACUUUCCACCAUGUCCAAGCCUCAGCCCCGUCGCCUUGGGGCUUCUAUAACGAACAUCAGAGUUGGCGAUAAGAAUAAUAAUGAUAAUUUAAUAUUAAAAAAUGAAUAGAGGAAGAGAAAAUAAAAGAGGGCGUGAUGAUGUCAUAUAUAGUGGUGGUUAGAGGCUUAGAGCAGUAGGAUGAGGGAUGGCAAUGGGUCGGGUUGGGGCGGGUUUUGUCAAACCCAAACCUAAACUCAUGGGUUUAUCCACCAAAAAAACCCGGGGUAAAACCCGUUGGGUUUGAAAAACUCAAACCCAACCCAACCCGCUGGGUAUCCGCGGGUUCGUGGAUACCCGUGGAUUUUUGUGGUAAAAAAUUUACAAUAACAAGUUUCUUUCAAAAUAAAAGUUUAUCAUCAAU